AUGACCCUCCGGGACUUUCUGACCAGACACCCGCGGAAGCGGCGCCGUUGCGACGCGUUGGGGAAGAGGCCCUACUUCUUUGUGGCAGUUGACCACGAGACCCAGCCCGAGUUGGCCCUCCUUUUGGAGGCCACCUUAGGCUUGAGGCUGGGAGCGGCCCCUCCUUUCCCGCGCUUCGAGCAGCCGCUGGACUUGCUCAGUGCCACCACGCUUCAGUUCGCCAUCGGAGAUGAAGGCAGUGGAUCGCCUCUACAUUUCCACCAAGAUGCGGUGAACUUGCUUUUGUGUGGCAGGAAGCGAUGGUGGUUGCUUCCUCCCAGCGGCUCUGCCAUGUCCAGGCUCCACCCACUAGAUGUGCUCACGCACGAAGCCGACUGCUUCAAUCAUGCGCGGGUCUUGGAGCAAGAAGUCGGAGAUGUGGUCUAUGUUCCGGACAUGUGGGGGCAUGCAGUGCUCAACCUGGAAGCGAACACUCUUUGCAUCGCUGCUGAGUUUGCAUAG